AUGGCUACGAGAGCUUCGGGGAGGUUGUUGCUGCUGUCCCGGCCAGGCCGGCACUUCUCGUCAUCGCCAGCUUUGCGCCGCGCGCUCUGCACUCUGCCGCCAGCAACGAGACAUCAAUUGCAUCAUGGAAUAUCGCUGCUGAAUGGCCCUGCACGGUCUACGAAGCUGGCUGUCGGAAAUGGCUUUCGAAGAAGCUACGCUGACGCCGUCGUGCCUCCCACUGUCUCAUCAUCACUACAGCCUCCUCCACCACCACCGAAGCGGAAGAGGUUUCGGUUCUUCAGAUGGACUUGGCGGUUGAUAUUACUGUCUAUACUGGGGACUACUGGAUGGGCGGUAUACAAUGUAUACCAGCACCGGAAUCCAGCAGACCAGGUUCCACCAGACCCUGACAAGAAAACACUCGUCAUUCUAGGAACCGGAUGGGGCUCUGUAUCUCUCCUGAAGAAACUUGAUACCGAAAACUACAAUGUCGUCGUCAUCUCACCGCGAAAUUUCUUCUUGUUUACUCCCCUUCUGCCAUCAUGUACCACUGGUUUGAUAGAGCAUCGUUCGAUCAUGGAGCCCAUCAGGAACAUUCUCCGCCAUAAAAAAGCUACCGUCAAGUACUAUGAGGCCAAGGCGACCAAGAUAGACCAUGAAAACCGAGUUGUACACAUCAGUGACGAAUCGGAGAUCAAGGGUGAUACCUCUCACACACAGGUUCCCUUUGAUCUCCUCGUUGUCGGAGUUGGAGCUCAGAACGCUACUUUCGAAGUUGGUGAUGCUCAAAAGAUUAGAACCCGUAUUAUGGACUGCGUUGAGACCGCCAUAUUCAAAGAUCAGACGCAGGAUGAGAUCAAGAGGCUUCUACAUAUGGUUGUGGUAGGCGGUGGCCCAACUGGUGUCGAGUUUGCUGGUGAGCUGCAGGAUUUCUUCAACGAAGACCUAAGAAAAUGGAUACCAGAUAUCAAGGACAGCUUCCACGUCACCCUAGUUGAAGCUCUUCCCAAUGUCCUUCCCAUGUUCUCCAAACAGUUGAUCGACUACACAGAAUCCACAUUCAAGGAGGAGGCCAUCACCAUUCGAACUGGUACCAUGGUCAAGAGUGUCACUGAUAAGUAUAUUGAAGCUCAGGUCACUAAACCAGAUGGCUCCAAGGAGAUCGAAAAAAUCCCAUACGGCCUUCUUGUCUGGGCCACCGGCAACGCAGUGCGGGAUGUGGUCCGUGACCUCAUGAACCAAAUACCAGCACAGAAGAAAUCUCGCCGUGGCUUAGCCGUGAACGAGUACCUCGUCGUGAACGGAACCGAAAAUAUCUGGGCUGUGGGAGAUUGUGCCAUCACCAACUAUGCUCCAACUGCCCAGGUAGCGAGCCAGGAAGGUGCCUUCUUAGCUAGGCUGUUUAACACUAUGGCUAAGACAGACAAUAUUGAAAAAGAGCUCAGUCAACUAUCAGUUGCGCAAUCGGAGGCCAAGGACGACACAGAUCGCAACAAGGUAUUAGAUGAGAUCAGAGCCUUGCAACAACAACUGAGACGAACUAGACAAGUUGGCCCUUUCCAGUACUCUCACCAGGGAAGUCUGGCCUAUAUUGGUAAAGAACGUGCUGUGGCAGAUAUCAGCUGGUUGAGCGGCAACAUUGCCAGUGGUGGAACCCUGACCUAUCUUUUCUGGAGAAGUGCCUAUCUUAGCAUGUGCUUUAGCACACGCAACCGUGUCCUCGUGGUCGUUGACUGGCUCAAGGCGAAACUCUUCGGCCGUGAUGUCUCCCGAGAAUAA